CAGGUCCUUUACAUUAUGCUUUACUUGCAGCACAGGAUCCUCGUGGUUACAAAUCUGCAGCAAAACAUUCUAAGUGGGUAAAAUCUAUGGAGGAAGAGAUUCAUGCUCUACAACAAAAUCAUACUUGGGUUCUAGUUCCUCGACCACAGGAUGCAAAUAUGUUGGCUCGAAAUGGAUUUAUCGUACAAAAUACAAAGAAGAUGGUUCUAUUGAUCGCUACAAGGCCCGUCUUGUUGCUCACGGCUUCACUCAGGUUCAUGGUAUUGAUUUCUCGCAUACUUUCAGUCCCGUUGUGAAGGCGUCUACUGUUCGGAUGGUUCUUGCACUCGCCACCAUCUACGGUUGGUCGCUUCGCCAGUUGGAUGUCCGCAAUGCCUUUCUCAAUGGAAAUCUAACUGAAACAGUUUACAUGGAACAACCGCCGGGAUUUAUAAAUUCUCAGUUUCCUCAUCAUGUGUGUCGUCUACAAAAGGCUCUUUAUGGUCUCAAACAAGCACCUCGUGCCUGGUUUCAGCGACUGAGUACCUUUUUGCUCAACAAUGGGUUUCUCUGCAGCAAGGCCGAUACUUCUUUAUUCGUCUACAAAAAAGGAGCCUCUAUUGUUUAUCUUUUAGUUUACGUGGAUGAUAAAAUUGUCACCGGCAGUGAUCCUCAGCUUAUUCAGUUGUUCAUCACUAGAUUGCACAAAGAGUUUUCGGUUAAAGAUCUGGGUAUAUUGGGAUAUUUUCUUGGGCUUGAAGUUGCUUAUUCUGCCACAGGCGUUUAUCUAAGUCAAGCAAAAUAUGCCCAUGAUAUUUUAGCUCGUGCCGGUUUACUAGAUUCCAAGCCAGUUGACACCCCGCUUUCUACCACUGACACCUUUCAUAGCAAAGGUGAUUCAUUUCAUGAUCCCACACUUUACCGGUCAUUAGUUGGUGCUCUGCAAUAUCUCACCAUAACUCGUCCGGAUCUUUCUUAUGCUGUCAAUCAGGCGAGUCAACAUCUCCAAUCUCCUACCGUCUCUCACUUUCAGUCGGUCAAGCGCAUCUUGCGGUAUGUUAAAGGGACCAUCGCUUUCGGCUUAUGUUUUUCCAAACCAACCACUACCAAAUUAGUUGGCUACUCUGAUGCUGAUUGGGCUAGAUGCAUUGAGACAAGAAGAUCGACUUACGGUUACUCUAUUUAUUUGGGUGGUAAUCUUGUCUCCUGGAGCGCAAAGAAACAACCAACUGUGUCUCGGUCUAGUUGUGAAUCAGAAUAUCGUGCUAUGGCCAAUACUGCUGCAGAGAUAAUUUGGCUCACUCAUCUUCUACGUGAGCUGCAUGCUUUACCUGUGGAUCGACCCACUCUUCUUUGUGAUAACAAGAGUGCUAUAUUUCUCAGUCAAAAUCCUGUUUCUCACAAGCGUGCCAAACAUAUCGAUAUUGACUAUCACUUUGUUCGUGAGCUUGUCUCUUCUGGUCAACUACACACCAAGUUUGUUCCAUCCAAUCUCCAGGUUGCAGACAUUUUCACAAAGAGUCUUCCCAAGCCUCUCUUUGAAAAGUUUCGUGGAUUGCUCCGUGUUGGUCCUCCACCUGUUCGAUUGACGGGGGGUAAUAGCCUACCGUAA